ACAGCGGCUAUAACGACUAUAAUGGCUGAAACAACCGUAGCGAGUAUAAUAACCACAGCGGCUGAAACGACCACUGCGGCUGAAACGACCACAGCGGCUGAAACGACCACAGCGGCUGAAACGACCACAGCUGCUGAAACGACCACAGUGGCUGAAACGACCACAGUGGCAGAAACAACCACAGCGGCUAUUAUUACUACAGAUGCUGAUACGACCACAGUGGCUGAAACGACCACAGUGGCUGAAACGGCCACAGUGGCUGAAACGACCACAGCUGCUGAAACGACCACUGCGGCUGAAAUGACCACAGCGGCUGAAACGACCACAGUGGCUGAAACGACCACGGUGGCUGAAACGACCACAGUGGCUGAAACAACAACAGCGGCUGAAACGACCACAGUUGCUGAAACGACCACAGUGGCUAAAACGACCACAGUGGCUGAAACAACAACAGCGGCUGAAACGACCACAGUGGCUAAAACGACCACAGCAGCUGAAACGACCACAGUGGCUGAAACGACCACUGCGGCUGAAACGACCACAGGGGCUGAAACGACCACAGCGGCUGAAACGACCACAGCAGCUGAAACGACCACAGUGGCUGAAACGACCACAGCAGCUGAAACGAUCACAACGGCUGAAACAACCAUAGCAGUUAUUAUGACAACAGAGGAUGUAACGAUUAAACCGGCUAUUAUGACUACAGAGGCUGAAACGACCACAGUGGCUACUUUGACAACAGAUGCAACUACUUCCUCAGAGGCUUCAGCGACAACAGAGACCCAAACGACCGCAGAGUCCCUUACAACCACAGACGCACUUAAGACAGAAUCGAUUUCAAAAUAUGUAUACAUUGGCGUUGGAGUUGGGGUAGCAGUUACGUUGGGAACCAUUGCUAUAGUAGCCGCAGGAAUAUGUGUUUUCAGACGGUGUAAAACAACCCCUUCAUUUGUGGCAGAAAAUCAUGUAUACGAAGACACAACAUACUUGGACAACAGUAGGCAAUACACUACUUUAAAGGAUGUGAAUAGUUCACCAUAUGAACUCGCCACAAGCAUCGGGGGCCUUAACGAUAACGCCGCAGCGGUGGACGAAAACGUAUAUGCAGCAAUCAAUGAAAACGAUGUUUAAAAUAUGUGUGUAAAUUGUUUGACUAUGUGACAGACUCGACCUUGAUGUUCAAAAUAAAAAGGAAGACUCAUUAAAAUAGCAAUUAUCAACGCACACAACACAGUAGGUCCUGAGUCACAAACCACAGUUCCUCGACAUCAUAAAGACGAACCCUUUCCAAAUUUAAAAUGAAAUCCACUCAGCUGAAAUCAGAAGAGAAAAAUAUUUGUCCAACGUGUUCGUUUUCUUGCAGAAAUAUUUGAAACAAGAGGGUUAUAUGGCAUCGACCUAAAUCCGUCCUAAUAUGUUGCAGACAUU